CGGAGGUCACACCCGAAUGAGCAAAGCGCGGAGGCGUCGAAGUGACUUGUUGUUAAUGUAGAUCCCGUAGUUCGAUGUGGUUAUAGGUGGUGGCCAGACAUAACGACAUAGCAGGAGUCUCCGGUGACACGGUUGCGUUUGGAUUUGACGUAGUUGCUUCUACUCUCACAUUACGGGACAUUUUUUUUGUAGCUCCUCGAGUUUUAGGUUCUACUGUGCACAACUGAGACCUAGAGAUCACGUAUUUGUUUAGAACCGUGCGCGUCUGUGACGGAAUCAAAACAACAAUGCAGAGUGACACAAAUAAAUCACAUACAGCCAAUGAAUUAAGUGACGCGGUGCCUGUGUUUUUAGGUUUGAGUUCGCAGUUUAACGAGAUAGUGGAUAAUGGACGGGGCGACAUUCCGUUCGCUGCAGACAGCGGCCCAAAUUACGGAAACCGUUUCUCCGUCUCGGAGGAUUUUGGAGCUGGCGCCAGUUUGACCUCAUUAGCCACCCAGAUGUCGAGGAAAACGAUAAUUAUAUCAAAUGGGCCAUCAUUCGAAGUAAAUCAAGACAUUUGUGGACAAAAUGACUCGGGUUUUUUACAAACUCUGGAGCGCGAAAGGGACUGCGAAUGGAACGUGACAAGGCCUACGCACGAUUUGGAGAUGGCCCAAGGUCUCCGUAAAAACUCGGACAUGUUAGUGAAUCUGGAUAACGGUAACGCAGUGCCCUCUCAGUUUGACGAACUGUUACCUUUAAGUUCUCCAUUACGUAAAGACCCCCCAGCCCUGGUGUUUGGUAGGGACUUUCCGGACACAUCGGCAGUCAAUUACCAAACCCAAAGCAGCCGUAACAUCAAAAUCGAACCAGGGCAUGAGGGACCCUGUCCCGUGGCGGAUGGAUCUUGGUUCUGUAAAUAUUGUGACAACGGAAAUUGCAUGUCUCGUGGAGCACGUAAACCCUUUCCAUGUACCUCGUUCUCUGGGGUUAACUAUACGGACUAUGAGUCUGGGAUGCCACAGGAGUUUCAUGUCCAGGCGCAAAGUUACCAAAGUGUGAUGAUGGGUGAAAGGGGUCUCCAAGUGUAUCAUUCCGCUAUCAAGAAGGAUAGUUCUGGAUGGAUGGGUGCUGACCCCAGUUUGAGAUGUGAGGAUAUGUUGCCAGUGAGGGUGUAUUUCUCAGACCGGAGGGUGUGUAAGGUAUGUGGAGACGAGGCGUCAGGCUGUCACUAUGGAGCUGUUACCUGUGGGAGCUGCAAGGUGUUCUUCAAGAGGGCCGCAGAGAGUAAGCAGAAUCACCUGUGCGCCAGCCGUAACGACUGCACCAUCGACAAGCUGAGGAGGAAGAACUGUCCUUCCUGUCGUCUCAGCAGAUGCUUCCGGUCUGGAAUGAGCCUCAAAGGCCGGAAGCUGAGGGGAGCUGGCCCACUGAAAGGAGGAGUGGAGGGGGGAACACAGGCACCUGGCAGAGAGAGGCCUGGAGAGAGGGAAGGGGAGAGGCCUGGAGAGAGGACUGGAGAGAGGGAAGGAGAGAGGCCUGGAGAGAGGACUGGAGAGAGGGAAGGAGAGAGGUCUGGGGGACUACAGUUAGCCACCAAUUCCCCACAGGCUCAAUGCUGUGGUGCUUCGCAGGCUCCCACUCUUGGCCCCUGCCCUAGUCUACGCCCCUCCCUCCUCAACGUCCUGAGUUCCAUCGAGCCAGAAAUGGUCAACGCAGGCCAUGACACCUCCCAGCCAGACUGUUUCACCUCCCUACUGUCCAGCCUCAACGAGCUGGGAGAGAGGCAACUGGUGUCUGUGGUGAACUGGGCUAAAGCCAUGCCAGGUUUCAGACAGCUGCAUGUAGAAGACCAGAUGUCAGUGAUCCAGUCUUCAUGGCUGGGGUUGAUGGUGUUCGCUCUGGGCUGGAGGUCUUACACUAACACAGACGCUGGAGAGCUCUACUUCGCUCCUGACCUCAUCUUCAACGAUCAGAGAAUGCGUGUGUCCAGUAUGUAUGAACACUGUGUCCGGUUCCGUCUGCUGUCCCAGAGGUUCUGUAUGCUCAGAGUCACCCAGGACGAGUUCCUCUGUAUGAAGGCUCUGCUCCUCUUCAGCAUCAUCCCUGUGGAGGGUCUGAGGAAUCAGAAGUGUUUUGACGAGCUGAGGAUCUCUUACAUCAAGGAGCUGGAUCGUCUGGCCAGCUACCAUGGAGAAAAACACCACACACAACGUCUGUUCCAGCUAACACAGCUACUGGACUUCCUACACCCGAUUGUAAGGAAGCUGCACCAGUUCACCUAUGAUCUGUUUAUUCAGGCCCAGUCUCUGCCCACCAGAGUCAGCUAUCCAGAGAUGAUCUCUGAGAUUGUCAGCGUUCACGUGCCCAAGAUCCUCACAGGCAUGGUUCAGCCAAUCCUCUUUCACAAUGCACCUUGCUAGAGGGUCAUCCCAUUACAAUUCAUCCUAAAAGAGGGACAGACAAUAACAAAACAAUCUGUUAGACAUUCAACCCAGGGUCCCCC